AUCCGCGGCGGCGCGCACUGAGCCAGAGCAUCUGUAGCACCUUCAAGGAGAGCUGGAUCCGGAGCGGAGGAACGCACAGCAGACACGCCCUCCAAACCCACCUGAAAUCCUGCUGACUGCCUAACUGACCUUGGUCAAGGACUCAGAAACGGAGAAUAAGCCGCGAUUUAUUAGUAAAGACAGAACAGCGCGUUCCCAUGAUGUCAUACCUGUGGAUUCUUCUAUUAGGGAGCCUGCUGGCCUCACAAGCCAAAGCACAAGAAGAUUCACAGUUGGAAGAUACUCCACCGAAUGGAGAAACUGAACCAGAAGCAACAGAUCCGGUGGUUGAUGGAACAGAGAGUGGAACAGUUACAGAGGCACCACAAACAGACAGUCAACCUGAGCCAAGUGAUGACCCUGUGCCUGCAGCUGACCCUGAACCAGUGACAGACCCUAUUUCAACAGCUGAACCAGAGGAUGACUCUGAACCAGCAACGGACGUUGAUUCAGCAGCAGAACCUGAAUCGACAACUGAGCCAGUGGCUGACCCUGGAACAACGCCUGAGCCUGAGCAAGCAGAAGAACCUGAAGAAACACCAGCCCCAACAACAGAGCUGGCAGAACCUGCUAUAGCAACAGAGAAACCACUUUAUACAGAAACAGACACAACAGUCGAGUCUUCUGUAGACGUCGCAGAACCAAAUCAGUUUACAGAAGAACCAAACAUCACACCUACUGCUGAUGGAACAGUAGCUCCUGCACCAGACGCUUCUACCACAUCACAAGUUAAUGAUUUAGAUGCGGGUUCUAAGGGACAUGAGCAGACAACAGCUGCUGUAGAUGAAGAAACCACCGCAGCACCAGCUGCUAAAAUGCCAGAUGAAGCCACACGCGAAACAAUUUCGGAUUCAAAGACGGAAGACACAAUUGGAAGUAGGAUCUUCAAAAAGGUUGUGCAUCAAGUUCAAAACGCAAUUCAAGAUUUGGGCAAUGAAGACCCCAAUGUUGGCGCCACAGCAGACAAAGGAGCCCAGUCUGGAGGAAAGGGAACCUCUAAACCUUUAGCAGGAAUCCUGUCUGGAAUCAUUGUGUCUGCAGUAGGAGCGGUCGCUGGGUACUUCACCUAUCAGAAGAAGAAAUUGUGCUUCAAAAAAAGUCCAGAAGCAGACGUAGAGACUGGAGCCAAAGCAGACAGAACUGAAGAAGUGGCCAAGGCUGAUCCCCAGGAAUCAAACACCCUGCUGAACUCCUCCCAGCAACAAUCAUCUGACUAGUCUGGACCAACUUCAGUCAGGCAGAGGCAAUCUCACUGUUAGGCUCUGCCCCGAAGAGCUAAAUUACUGUGAGGCCCCAGAGUAGGCCUGUGUGUUUCUGGCUGUGUAAGUGUGUGUUGGUCUUUAUGGGCUUGUGUGUGUAUGCAUGUCUCCAUUCUUGUGAGAGGCGAAGGAGUUAGAUAAAGAUCUAGUGGUUUCUGAUCAUUCCAGCGUGGCAAUUUAUUAACAUGAUCAAUCAAAAUCCAACUUUGUUUUUUUACCUAGUUGCCAUUAAAGAGAUUAAAUCUUAUAUGAACUGUAACCAUAAAAUAGUCUGACUCAUUUUAAUUUCAUUUUAGAUGGUCACUAUGUUGUUCUAGUAUUUCAGUACAAUUGAAACUGAGUAAAGGAAAGCAGUAUGGUAAGUGUGAAGUAGUUCUUUGCUUUGGCAUGUUUUGAGCCAAACAUACCAUUAUUAAAGUGAGCAAGUGUCUUAAAGAAAAAAAUAUAUAUAACAUAGGGUAUCUGUUAUGUAAGUAUAGAGUAAGAGAACUGGAAAUGACAUAAAUCACCAACCACUGUACCAGGUGGGUUUUGACAUAGCACAAGUGUUAGAGGAAUUGAAUCCUAGCAGUUGGGGGAUGCCCUGAUUUAGAUUAAAAUGUGCUGAAACUACCAAUGAAAUCACUGUAUUACUGUGUUUUGUUUUGUUUUGCUCUGGUGAAGGGACUUAGAUUUAAAUUUUGUUAAGGGACUGUUUCUCGGUUAACCCAAUAAAUUUGAUAUUGACUAAUUUAAUUAUUGACCUUUUUCGAAAAACCAAUUAGAUACAUGCCCUUGGUUAAUAUUUUAUAUAUUUUUGUCACAUAACAACCACAGAUUUAAAUAGAUUUUGUUAAAUAUAUCAUAGUUUCACAUAUAUUUGCAUAUAGCAUAUUGUCAAGUGAAGGAACAUAAUGCUAAAGUUUUUGCUUUUUUUUUUUUUGUUUGUUUUUCAAGAUAGCACAGGCAUCCAGGUAGGAUGGAGAACAUCCAUUUUUGAAUCUUUUAGAUUAGAUUCAGGUCAAUGCCAUAGCCUGAAUAUUCUUUGAUUCACACAUGUCCAUUGUAGUUCACGUUGUUUGUUCAUGGUUUUUUCCAUGCUUUGGAAGCCUUUAAUUAGUUUUCUCCCUUCCAUCAAGUCUGACCCACCCCCCUGUCUCUGCUGAGGAAAAGCAUACCACAGAGAGGUGUCAUCACCACCGUGAUUCGGGCUGGGAAUGGUGAUUUUUUUUUUUUUUUUAGGUGGGAGAUUUUACACCACAUAUAGCAUUUUGCAUUUGGCCUAAAUUUCCUGCUGUAGUUUCGUCUACCAGGACACUAUGUUUGCUAUGACACCUUUAAAAUGUGCCACAAUCUUUCUAUUCUAAAAUGAGAAAUGAAACUCUGCUGUAUGAGAUUUUUACAGCUUUGUUUUUUUUUUAACCCUCCUUUAAAAGUCUCCAAAACUUUAUAGCUUACCUGUUCGCUGUUUUGAAUUUCAAAUAGCUGUAUUAUAUUUACAAACAAGCAGACUUUCCAAUUUGUUUGUUAUUGCUGGAUUUUAAGUGGCGAUAUCCAACCGAGUAGGCGUUGGCACAAAUGUGACGCACACUACUUAGAUAUUAUUCCUAUAAAACAAGUUUUAAAGCAUUAAUAUUUUCUUUUCUUUUUGUUUAUAAAAUCCCAAAUUGAUUAUUGGUUGUUAUGUGUCAAAAUGUUAGGAUUAAGAGGUAAUAUUACUGUUGCAUGACAACUUAAUCUUCAACAGUUUCAGAUAUGCUGAUCACAUGUAAAUUAAGCAACUGAACAUUUUCUAUUUUAUGAAUUAACCAAGGCAAACAUAAGUUUGAUCAAAUUGACAAGUAUAGGUCAACAUACAUUAAGUAAUAAAAGAAAUGUGUAAUAAUGUAUAUGCAUUGUUGUUUUUGUGUGUGUAGUUUUGAUGCAGUGAUCUCUUUGUUAUAGUGCCUUUCACUGUCACAGCCUGGUUUGAUUAAUGAAGAGUCACUCAGAGAAACAAUUGGAAAUAUUAUCUGAAAACAAACAAAUAACACAAAACCAAAACUUAGGAAAAAACAAAUGUAUCAUAUAGAUUGGUCACAAUAACAACUUGAUAACAUGUUCAGAGGAGGCCAGUUUUAUAUUUUCACAAAUAAAUUCACCAACCUGACCUGCCAUCAUGUGCAAAGCUCUCAUCGUUGUGUCUCUUCAUCUGAACAAGCCAGUUGCUGUCAGUGUUUUUGUAUCAUUCACAGACAGACAAACAGACAAUACCAUUUACCUGUAAACUUUAUAUGAAUUUCUAGCAUUUUAGCAGUGGUGCCUCUGAGCCGACACUGAUGGUUUUGUUUUUUAUCGACUAGUUUUGUGUGGUAUUUUGUGAAUAUUGUGAAAUGCCACAGAAGAGGCAGUGCGUCUGCCUUUCUUUUCUGUCUUUCACCACUGUAGCAUAAAUUAACUCCUGAAUGUCUUUCUUUUGCCUUGAAGUUUUCUACUUUCUGUACUUCUUUAAACUAAAUAUUGUGGUCAAUCUGGUUGUAUAGUCCCGCAGUUCCAGAGGUACGUUAGCUUUUAAGCAUUAUAGCUGCAAUACAGGACAGAGACUGUUGCUAACAGCCUAGCCUUGAGCUGUAAUAGUCUGUGAUGUCAUAUUAAGGGUUUUUAUGAACUGUUGGCUGAACGCCGGAUCAAAGCUCUGCUAACUGCCAUUUAUCCUUAAACCUGUGAUAGACAACAGACAGUUUUGUCUGGAUAUGUUCAAGCAAGCAGAUAAUAUGUCUGGCAUUGAGUAAAAAUGCACAAAUUACUUAUUGUAUACAAUCCUUCUGAGAUAGCCAGAGAUGCCUUCAAAAAAUAUCCUCCUUUAAGUGCAGCACUCUCCCCCUUCUCUGUUUAUUCCAUUGGGUGCUCAAAGAUUCAGCAAACAUACUCAAUGUCCUGCAGUGCAAAUCAAGGCUGAUUUACGAGAAAAUUCAUCAGAGCUAAUCAGCUCCACAUUUUUCCCCCAGAAAGUCCCAAGAAACAGAAUACCGUAUUGUGCUCCACCAUCCAAAACAGAAUGUAAACCUUUAGGUCCUAAAGUGCACUUCCAGAUCAUGCAAGAAGGAAAUAAACAAGACGCUAACCAGUGCUGCCUUAUCAUUUAUAUUAACCUGACUAUUCCUGACGGGGGUGGGGGAAAUGGAGAACAGUGUCAAUGUUAACAGAGAGAUAAGCAGAGUUCUUUUUUUUUGUUUGGUUUUUUUGUAAGAACAUUCUCAAUUGGAGAAGCACUUUCCUAUCCUGUAUACUCAUUGAUUUAUUGAAAAUAUUUAGAUACGUGUAAAGCUGUUCCGGUUAAUUUAAUCUCCCAUGUCGACAUCUCAUGUAGGAACUGUCUUCUUCAAUGUCAUGUGGCACUCGUGUUCUACUGGAGCUGUGUAUAUAAUGUUUGACAUGUCAAUUAAACUCUUUUUGUGGGA